AUGAAUAGCUGCGUACUCCGGCCGCACAACAGCCAGCGACUGAGUGACGAUGUCAUUGGAGUCGUGUCACGCGCACGUCAAGCCGAACGUUACUCCGUCGCCGACCUAAACGCAAACACAAACGCUAACGCUAAUGCUAACCCAAUGCAGUCGAGCUACACUCCUCAAACCAUUCUACCGUCAACGUCUGGGCUAAUCUCACCAAUGGAUAGAAAGAGGGUGAGGGACGAACCCACGAUGCCUGCGGAGACGCAGCUGAAGCGCAGACACUACAAGCAGCACGAAGAUGUGAUUAAGGACGUCAUCUCGGAGCAGGACCGACUGCGAGAGCUGCGCCGACUGCGGCAGAUCCGCUACCGGAAGAAGAAAGCGGAGUAUGCCAACACCCUCGACGCGGAGAACAAGCAGCUCCAAGAAGAGAUCGACACGCUCGAGCAACGUCGUCGCAGCUUUGCGGCCGCCGUCCCCGCUAAAGAGAACGUCUGGAGCGUGGCGGCCGAGUACUUCCGCCUCUUCCGCUACGGGUUCCAAACCGCGGCGGCGUCAUCGACUUCGACGCAGCCAUCGAUGCAGCAGGACUUCCUGAGAAACUGUAUGACGGCGGAUGUCGUGUUCAACGCUGGGCGCGGCCCGGAGGCGAUGGCCAAGAGCUGGAAGUGUCUGUCAUUGUGGUUCCAAGCCGUCGAGUUCGAGCUCGAAGGCUUGCAGAAGGGGGUCGACGGGUCGCUCGAGGCCGCCACGAUAACCAGUGUCACUAUCACCGACCGCACCCUUCGCAACGUAUUCCCCCAUCUGCCCAGCGACAGCGCACUCAGAGCGAAGUUGCUCGACCAGCGCCUUGUGAUGCGCGGCUCGAUGCGCUUCGAGUGGGAUCCCGCUUUCGGUCGCGUGUGUUGCUUAGUGGCUCAGUCCAACAUGCUAGCGCCGAUGCUGCGUCUGUUAGGGGGCUGGGAUGAUGUCUCGAAAGUGUUUGAGAGGGCCCUGAUCUCUCCCGACUUCCAGUGGAGGGCAAAUGCAUGA